CGUGGAUAUUUCUCACAGUUAUGCGGUACGAGAAAGUGAAAAUCUAGCUAAACCAUUGGAUUUUGUACAGUAUUGAGCUGAAAAUGGGAAUCAAAUUGAUUUCAGUUGAUAUCCUAAGGAUGCUUUUUUUCUUCAACACUAUGUUUUCGAAAGUUAAUAGUUCCCUGCUUUAUUUUCUGAUUGGGUUUCUUGGAUGGCAGCUGGACUUGGCAUUAGCAGCGGAUCCUGAUCACGUCGGCGACGGGGAACCUGCGGCUGUCAAGACCACUCCUUCGGCUACGCCACAUUCACCGGGCUCUAACCUCAGCACUUCCAAAAUACCGACCGCAAACACAACUUCGUCACAUGAUGGAAAAUUCGAUUUUGGCGACGUUUUGUAUGACAAAAGCAUGCUGAGAAGGAGUUUCUUUGUGCUGAUUGGAUUUACGUUAUUAGCUAUUGUGUUUUUUGCUGUCAGAUGGUUCAGGUCAAGAGGAAAGAGAAAGUCCAAGAAAUAUGGGGUCCUGGCAACACGUUCAUCAGACAUGGAAUUACGGCCACUAGACCAGGAUGAUGAUGAAGAAGACAUGACAGUGUUUGACGUCAACUCAAAAUAGUAAUAAUUUAUUCACACACCAAAAACACCUAUAACCUAUCCAAGCAUUUUCAAAAUGAAAUACAUGUAAUUUGCCUUGAGGUAAACAAGAUGCAUGAAGCACAUUCCCCAACAUAUCUGUAUUAUGUACUAAUGCAUUCUUUGUUACUUAUUGAUAUGCCAAGAUGGAUGUGCAUGUACAGUAUGUAAGGUGUAAAUGUAUCAAUUAAGGGGAAUUUUUAUAGGGGAAGGUUUGUUUGUUAACCCUGGGUAUUGAAUACCAUUUGUUGUGUCAAAUUUUCAUAGUUUAUUUAUAAAUGUAAUUGUAAUUGUGGUUGGCAGAAAGCUAAGUAUAGUUCCCCCCCCCCCUGGCCAUCUCUCAAAAAGCAAAGGUGCUUUAAUAUAUACAUGUAUUUAACAGAUAUUUGUCAUUUAAAAAUGAAGUUUUGAAAAAUCAAUGUAUUGAAUUUCUGUACCAUGUGGCCUGUAAUUCUUGUGGGGGGCGUAUUGGAUCAAGUAUCAUUUUGUGAGCUUUAUUUGACCAGACCAUGAAUACUUUGACCUUGCAUGCACAUUACCCAUGAUUCAUCUGAUCUCCCUGGCCCCUUGCUGUGAAAGAAAACUUGGAGUUAGCAGUAAAAUACACACAGUGCAAUCUAGUAACUUAAAAGUGGAAAUUUCAUGCUUAUUUGCAGCCAGGGGAGUAUUUAAUCCAAACCACCCUUGGGAAUUAAAUUAUUUUUAUGAAAGAAGAGAAUGGUAAAAACAGAAGUCAAUAGGUUGAAAGAAAUUGGACAAGGAAUAUGAAAGUCAAUGCUGAUUGAAAAAUAGGAUCACUAUAAAGACGAUGUAAAUAUGUCAAAUUAGCAAUUUGUUGAGAAGAUAAUACAUGUACAUGUAGGUGGUAAAAAUAAUGUUCUCUGUAAGGCACCCCCUCCUGCUGUCCUGCAUAAAUUAGAUAGUAUAUUUAUAUGUCCUCUCACAAGAAAAAUCAUUCAAAAUGCAAAUUUCCAAUGCAAG